GCACGGUGCGCGCCGGUUCGCGAUAAAAAAAAUCAAAAAAAUACGCAAAAUGUAUAAAAAGUUGACAACAAACUGUCACCGCUCAGUUGUCGUGGGCCCGUGUGCAUGUGUGCAUUUGAAAUUAUAAAUUCAAAUUAAGAGCUUUCUUAAUUUGGAUUACGUGUGAAAAUGAAGGCGUUUAUUGUUAUCAUUUGCUUUAUAGGUUUAAGUUAUGAAGCUGAAUGGAGUUAUGAAGGCGAGUAUCAAUGGCCCGGAGUGUGCAGCUCUGGCACCCAGCAGUCGCCCAUUGACAUCUCGACGCGGGACGCGGUGGUAGACCGGCACCAAACUCACAUCCGGGGUCCUUUGGUCUUCCGGGGCUAUCAGCAGGUCACGACCACGGCACUCAACAAUGGACAUACCUUAAAAUGGUCUGCAGUUCCCGGAACACCAGCCCCUGUAUUGUCUGGCGGUCCCCUUAGAGGGAAUUACACCUUUCUCCAGUUUCAUCUUCAUUGGCUAUCUGAACACGCUAUCGAUGGUUUCAAGUAUCCCUUGGAGAUCCACAUGGUACAUCUCAAGACUGGGCUAAAGUUAGAGGAAGCUCUGGCGCGCCCUGAUGGAAUCACUGUUGUAGGGAUGCUUUGCGUGUUGAAGAGUGGGGCAGCGGCGGAACAUGCUCUUGCUCAAAUUGUCCCUUCUCUACCUGAACUGACCUACCGUAUGGAUCCUAACAACCAAACCAUGGCUGAAAUCAUCGAUUUGUCCCGCCUCCUGAGCCCGGACCCACAGUCGUUCUACACGUACCACGGCUCUCUGACCACGCCCCAGUGCCAGGAAUCUGUCACCUGGAUUGUAAUGGACAAGCCGCUAGUAAUCUCUGAUAAUCAGUACAAACUCUUCAGCAAGAUUGAUAUCGGCGGGAACACGUUUAACUACCGCAGCCUACACCCCGCUAACCGCAUCGUCUACCGCUCCAUGGCCUCCUGCGCUUCCAUCGCCUCUCCAACCUUCAUUGGUUUUCUUCUGUCCAUCAUCAUGUGCGCCAAGUCCAUCAUGGCGACCACACUGAUCAAAGGCGUCUGUAUCAUUACAAAUAUGAAGAGGAGACUUUUUGGAUUUAGCAUUAAGGAGUGCAGUAAGCUUGGCUGAUUUGAUGUCUUCAACGUCUUUUCGAUUGAUUGAAUAGCUCCUUAGUUAUUAUUCUUGCUUCCUUAUUCACUUCUUUAUUGACCGUCGUUUUUUUGGUCAAGGGAAUGUGUAAUAAUAUGAAGAAGAUAAUGUUAAAAUUAACUACAGACUUACAGAGUACCUACAGUAAGUUCGUGUGAUAUGACUUUAGGUAGACUGUGUGUUUGUUUGAAGUGUGUGGUUCCCUUCUUUAUUGACCGUAGGUAUUCUGGUCAGGACGAUGCGUAUAAAUACGAUUGUGUCGAAGAAGCGUUUUUAUAAUCGAUAGGUAAUUAUAAUGAGUUACUUAUCUAUUGUCGUUGCUUUGUUAUGUCAUGAACUUAGAAAACUUAAUAAAUGUGUAACAUAUAGUUUGUCAAAGGACUGUCUCAUUUCAAACAUAGACAGAGAGAAUCAUACUAACUUUGUCUUACACUAGUACAGCACCCAAAAGAAAGGGAUGAGUAUAAUUUUUUUGUUCUUAUUUACUGACAAUUUGGUUUAACCAACUAUAAACGUUCAUAUACUCAAUACAGUAAUGUUUAAGUAGUAUAAUGUAGACUACUAUGCAGAAAUGUUUAUAAUAAAUGCCUUAUAAUGUCAGCUAAAAACACUUAAAGAACAUAUAAGUAA